GUUACGUUGACAAACAUGGCGGUUGAACAGUGGUGGAAGCCUUGUUACCAUGUGAAUGUUUGAGCUGUGUAAAUAUGGAAACGGUUCAGGUCCCUUCAGAGGAGGUUAAACGCACAGUGAAGAUGGAAAACAAAUCGCCAUACUUCAAGAACGCCAAAAAAACCUAUUGUCUCGUGUGUCGCACACAAUAUUUGAAGCAUGAAGCGCAAGAGCACUUGCAUGGCAUGCUGCAUCAUAGAGAACUGGAAGCUGUGUUGGGAAAGGCUUCAUUUCAUGAAUGCCAGGCUUGUAAGGCCUCUGCCAUGGGUUUAAAUGAAUAUGCCCAACACAUCUCCACUACUCAGCACAAAGCCAAGUUAAAAAUAUUGAUGUGUAAGAAUAUAAAGCCCCCUUCUUUAGAAAAGACUCUAAGCAGUGAGACGAUGACCAUGCUCCUGGAGAGAAACAAGAAAUUAAAGACCAAGGAGAAGAAAGCUAUGAAAAAGAAGAGGAAGAAAAGAAAGCAGAUGGCUGGUCAAAAACGUGUAGAACUCAACAGAAAAAGUAAAAUGAUGUCUAAAGUAGUGAAACAGGGAAAUUCCAAGCAUCCAAUUGCGAAAAUACCUCAACAGCUUCAGCAAGCCCAUAUAAUAGGAAGCAACAGUGCUGUUUAUCAAAACAAGGAAAAUAAAGCAUUGCUCAUGCAAAGGCCUCUGAAGAGUGAAAGCGUAAGAAUGGACCAGUUCAACCAAUCGGGCUACCAAAUGGGGCAUUUUAGCAACACUGGCUAUAACACUCUGGAGAGAAAAAAUAUAGGCGGAAGCAUUGAAACAAAUGCUCUAUUUAAUGAACCAUAUGGCACUGAAGGAGCUAGUGCAAAUAUGCAAGGACAAUCAACAAGUCGUUAUAACAGUUAUUGGCCAGAUGAUAGUUCAGCAGGUGUAGACUUUACCAUGGAUUAUUAUCCUCAUACUGAAGCUUUUACCUUUGACAAUGGUGACAAGCGGUGUCCUCAAACUUCUUAUCUGGAACAAAAACAAGCUGCACCUUUUGGUAAUACUGACAAAGGCAGACCUGUCAUUGCAGCUACUGUAGGGGAAGUAGAUGUCAGUGUAAUGAUAAGGCAGGUCAGGAGAGCGCUGGGUGUAAGGGAGCCCUGUCGAGCAGAUCGUGAAGCCCGAAGGAAGAACGCUGAAAAACAGGUGAACCUGACCAAUCAAAGCACUGCCCAGCAGACUGGAAGUGUUACAGUGCAGCCAGCUGGGGCUUCUGUAAGGAGCAGCACCAAGGAAACGACACCUCAUACCAGCACCUCUGCAUCUACCUCUUGGCAGUCUCCACACGUCACCAUCACUGGUCCUGCACCUCAUUCAGGCAUUCACCCAACAUCUAACAUCAGUACACUCAAAAUGACACAAGGAAGUACCCAGCAGUCAAAUGCCUGGGACAGUGGUUUGCAGGCAGGAACUGUUUUUCCAAGUACAUCCAGAGAUCUCAACCCAAGCAACACUCAGAAGGUUCGCAUUGCCCACAAACCACACAGGACAGCCCAGAGGGAUAAGGAGACUGGGCUCAAUCAUAGCCUGCAGAAGUUGCUCAGCAUGUCGGGGAUCAGGAGUAAGCCAGACUGGAGAACGAUUUAUGAGAGUUCCAAGAGGAAUAAGAAGACAAAUGAAAGCAUUCCCAGGUUUGGAGCUGAGCUGUCAAGCUCUUCAUCUAAUUCCGAAACGUUCCUGCAGUCAGAGGACAAUGCUUUGCCUCUUUCACAGGGCUUCCACUGGGAAUCAAUCCCAGACUGUCAUCCUGUUCCGCACUUAUCUCCUCCACCACAAGAAUCUGUGAAUAAUGACUCUCACACAGAGACUGAACAGAGUUCUAGGAUGCAGGAGCCUUUAGAGGAGUCGGCUUUAGCACAGGAGGGCAGGAGAAGUCACAGUGGACCAACAGUUCCUGUAAAGGUGGAACAAAAUAUGGAGCACAGGGAGAAUGGAGAAACCUCCAGUGCCAGGAGGAGGAGCUGUAAUGUUACAAGAGCUGAUGAGGUUUCAGAUGAAGAGCCAAAUGUCAAAAAGAAGAAAAAGUCAGACAAAGACCAAGAUCAGUUGGACCAGCUCUAUGCUGUUUCUCUGAAAGAGGAGCAGCUGAACCACAUGUUGCAUGAUGUGGACAAAUCAAUAAUCCAGGCCCGGAAUGCCCUACAAACCUUCAUGCUACUGAGGGAAAAGUAUAUUACUGAAAUAAACAGUCUCAGAGCCAAGCGCAUCCAGAUCCUGCAGGGGAUGCAAGAGGGGUACUCUGGAGUAUCUCCUGCAGAAGAAAAAGCCACCACUUCAUCAUUUGGGGCCAUACCCUCAUCUCUUCCCUCCUGCAGUGCCUACCCCUCCUUCAGUCACCAGCCUCUUCCACACCAAGUGUCUUCCAUCAGCCAACCUCACCCUGUGCCAGCUGCAUCAAUAAAACAAGAAAUGCACCAAAAAGCAUUAGACGAACUGGCUUCCCAAGUACCUCAAAACCAACUUAUGCCCAUGGUUCCCUCUGCUCCCACACCUGCUGCUCCCAUACCUCCUGCUAAACAACUCCCAGCAGAAUGCACAGCUCCCGCAAACGUGCCACCUUCUGUUGAAUCAUCUGUCAGUAAGGUCAUUGAAAGUGGUGAGACACAAACAGAAGAUAAAAAUGGCCCCGAAAGAGCAGCAGAGACAUCUGUCUCCACAGAUAAAAACAGAUCUACUCCAGCUUCAGAUGAAGAUACAGGGAAUGAGAGCGAUAACUCCGUAGAACUGAUGGAGCCCUCCAACCAGGAGGUCAUCAAUAUCGAUGAAUCCGACAAUGAGGGCUCAGCUGAGGCAGCCCAAAAUGUCCCAGUCCAGCAGGAACUUCCUCAGAACUCCGUCAGCGUGGACUUCAGUUCUGCAGGCACACAGACAUCUCAGCAGAAAGAAGAUGAGAAAAAAGUUCUGGUUCCAGAUGUGUCAGCAAAAGAUGGCAAUGUUCCUUCAGGGUCUGGCAACGCGGUGGAAGAUGAGGAACCGUCUGUCGGAGAAUUUUCAAGUCACACCGGACCGGUUCAUGGUCUGCAGGUUCACGAGGGCCUGUUGUACACAUGCUCAGGGGACAACACAGCUCGAGCCUACAAUCUGGUGACCAGGGAGUGCCAGUCUGUAUUUGACGGUCACACUAACAAAGUCAACUGUUUGCUGGUGGCGUCCUACCAAAACAACCUGCCACGUCUCUACACGGGAUCUAGUGACCAAACCAUACGCUGUUUCAGCAUAAGGUCUAAGAAGUGUCUGGAGCAGAUCUCUCUACCAGACCGGGUUCUGUGUUUGCACAUUGGCUGGAACAUUUUGUACGCUGGGCUCGCCAAUGGAUCAGUCACCAGCUUUGAUUUAAAGACUUUGAAGGAGUUGGAUGUGUUUGAGUGCCACGGGCCACGAGGCGUGAGCUGUCUGGCCACAGCGCAGGAAGGUGCCCGCAGGGUGCUGCUGGUCGGCUCCUACGACAGCACCAUCAGCGUACGUGAUGCCAGGAGCGGCCUCCUGCUGCGCUCGCUGCAGGGUCACACCAAAACUGUACUGUGCAUGAAGGUGGUGAAUGACCUCGUCUUCAGUGGCUCCAGUGACACGUCCGUUCAUGCGCAUAACAUCCACACGGGGGAGUUGGUCCGUAUCUACAAGGGUCACGGUCACGCCGUCACAUCAAUAGCCAUUUUAGGGAAAGUGAUGGUCACUGCCUGUCUGGACAAGCUGGUUCGAGUUUAUGAGCUACAGUCUCAUGACCGUUUGCAGGUGUAUGGAGGUCACUCUGAUAUGGUUAUGUGCAUGGCCAUCCAUAAGAGUUUGAUUUACACAGGAUGUUAUGACGGCAGCGUUCAAGCUGUUAAACUCAACCUGAUGAAGAACUUCCGCUGCUGGUGGCAGAACUGCUCUCUGAUCUUCGGCAUGGCGGAGCACCUUGUGCAGCACCUUGUUCACGACCACACAAACCCCAACCUGCAGACGGUCAAAUGUCGCUGGAAAGGCUGCUCGGCUUUUUUUGGAACGCAGCAGUCGGUUUGCCAGGAGCUGCCUGAACACAUACAGAGCCACGUAGACCGCGACAGUGAAGUGCAGCCUUGACACCAUCAGCAGCGUUCAUUCAUUUUAACACAAAAACUCAGCUUUGUGUUUGAGGUUCGUGCACACGACCCUCAUUCAUCUGUUCAUUUUUUUUCUAUUUUCCACGUUUUUUUUUUUUCUUUUUGUGUGAGUGGAUUAUCCUAUUUAUCCCUGAAGCUAUUUUUAUGAAGGGAUUGAGAUGUUCAGUGACAAACCACAAUGUGAUGCUGCUGUUUUAGAUUCCUUCUGUGCUUCAUUCAAGAUCUUGAUUGUUAUAAAGUAUUUGUCUCAUCAGUUUUUGUAUAUAUGCUUCAGGUUUCAGUUCAGUCCAUCGGUCGCCGGUUUCCAUUUCAAACAUUACAAGUCGUUUUUGUAAACAUGAAUUGCCUUCGACACCAUUUUGUUAUGAUAUUCAUUGACCGUGAGGUUCAGAGAUCGUCGUAAGAUCAGUUAUUUCUGGAAGAUAUUAAAGGACAUUAACAUACUGUCUAUUGCAAAUAUGAUUAUCUUCAAAACACCAAAUAUAUGAAGAACUUUAGUCCUGAGAUUGUCCCGACUUUACUUUCAAAAGGACAUGGUUACUUAGGAUAGGAAAAAUGACAAUGAUAAAAAGGGCUUAAAUUAGUUGUGUACUGUACUAACAGAAGUAAUUUUACGUGUACUUAAACCUGCUUGAGUGAAAUUCCAUUUUUGGAAUAGAAUAUGUUUCAGGUUUCUGUCAUUCAGACUCAUAUUUGGAGUAAGUGGGCACUGACUGAAUGCAUACAUUAUCAUAUACAUUUUAAUCUGAAGUUCGUAUUCAUGAAAAUUACUUUAUCAAAUACAUCAGUUCAUUUUCCCUUGUGUGUAUAAGACUGAAAACUUAUCCCAGUAUUUGUGUGUGUGAUACUGUACAGUAUAUAUUUAAUUUGUUUGACACCUACUGUAAAUGUUCGGAAAUAAACGACACAAUUUGCA